CUGUAAUGAUCUUUUCCAUAUAAGGUUAUAAGUUAUAUGCGCCUAAGUUCUAGUUGCACAGUCAGCUUAAGUAGUCAACAUACUAUCUAGUUUCUGUCUUGCGGUUUUCUGUUAUCUACACAAGUCUUUUCCUUUCUGUCUUGCAGUUUUCUGUUAUCUAUACAAGGCUUCUCCUUUCUGUCUUGUGGUUUCUUUAAUGAUGAACAAAGAGUCCUUUCCAGCUUAUCACAGCUUGGUCUCUGUCAGAAGCUCUUACCCCAUGCUGAAAUUAUUUUCUCAUUGAAGUUAUUGCCUUCAGCACAAAAACACCUUAGAGGCCAAGGCACGGAAGAAUCUGGCAAGUAAGAAUCCUCAGUUCAGAAAAGCUUUACUUCCCAUUGCUCAACUGAAGUAGUUCCAAAUAUUUGCAAACUUCCCAAAUUAAUUUGGAUGGCCUGAGGAGGUGAAGAGUUGGAAUUUUGCUUCCCAUCUCAAAGCAGCAACUCAUUUGCCUUAACCUCAUCCACUGAGGAUCACUUUACAGAACACAACACUACACAAAAAAAGGGCAAAAACAAGGGCCAUUAUUUGGUUUUCUCUGAAGGGAUGAUAAUAUCCUAAUUCUCUUAAGGAAUAAAAGCUCUCAAGAAAUGAAAGUCCACUCAGUGGUACAAAAGUAGCCCAAAGAAAUGAGUAGAUGGCAAAAGGGUGAAUCCUCCCCCUGGUAUGGAUACCUAAGUGGCCAGUAAAGUACAGCUCUCCCCUCUUGUUCCCUGCAGCAGAAUCAGGACCAUGAAGAGGAAAAGUCACAGAUAUUCUUUCUGCCCUCCCUAACCAAAGCUGUGCCAAAACACAGAUGCUGCCUUCAAACUGACUCAAAUUCCAGCCUAGACCUCUCACCUUCCACACAACUCCUUCUUCAACACCCCACCAGCACCAACCCCCCCAAACUCCCACACAGGUCCCUCAACACCCUGCCAGGAGCCCCAGCUGUCCCCGUUCCUCGGCAGAGCUUUCCCACCCUCCAGCAGACGCCCUGGUUCCCUGCAGGUGCCGUGGGAUGGCACUCAGGAGGAUCUGCUCCAAGGCCUUCCCCUGGAGCACGCUCAGGCUGCCAGGCCUGUGGUUCCUGGAUCAUCCUUCCCACCGAGCCUUCCUGUGCACGGCUGUUCCAUUUGCACCUUUGCGCUCAGCUCGGACUUCUUCACUGAACCACGAGUGAUGGUGAAGGAUGGAGAACAGCCUGGCAAGCUCUUUCUCCAGCUCCCUCUUUACUCUUGGGUAGGUAGAACAUUCCACAGGAAAGCAACUGCUGCCACAAGGAGCAGGUGGCCUCAGGCACCUUUGGCAAUGAAACAAGGCCUUUGACAUAAGGAAGCACAAGCAAUUCAGAUGAGUAAACAAGUAAUUAGCACAGACAUACCUAAGUACUUAGCACCAGUUAGCAUAAGAAAAACCUGGCAGGCCUAACUUGACCUGAGAGUGACUUGACAAAAAGCUUUAGACAUAGUCUACCAGAAGAACUAAGGGCAAGUGUGGAGUCAGCCCUGUGCAGGGAAGCCAUGAGGAAGACUUGGUGCUGCUUUGGGGCAUCGAGACGGCUCCUGGCCAGGGCCUGGACAUCAGCUUCAAGUACAGCAAUCUGACACAAUGUAUUUCUAACCCCCUGCCUAUCGAAUCACCUCAGCAAUGUAAAGAUGGACGGUAUGUUUGAUACAAUCAACCCACUGAAAUUUAUACGUGGCGGAGAAACAUUUCAGUGGGUGCAGACCCCUGCCCUCCUGCCAGGUCAGUAAAAGGGCUUUUGGCAGACAGUGCAUUUGUCUGCCGAUUUCUUUGAAUAAGGGAGACCCCUCAGGACUGCUGUAUCCUGAGGGAACACCGUUGGCCUUGACCUGUAGGCACUGCACAAGGUUAAAAUCAGCUGCCUCAGCAUCCAGGACCUCUCUUGGCCAGCAUCCUGACGUGGAUGCAGGACUGCUGCGAGUGUGGUAGAUAGGGACAGGCGAAUGGAAGAUCUCGGGAUGUGACGGAAAGCUAGACCCUUCCCCCCUUCUUCCUGCUAUAGUUAAUCAAUUACCCCUAAAGCAUGCAGCCCCUCCUAAACUCAGUAGUUUUCCACUCCUUACUAACCCUAGCCAGACCCGCCAUCCCCUUCUGACGUAGUGAAGCCCCCUUGACUAUUUAACCCCAUGAGAUAAGAUAAUAAACGCCAUUUGACCAUCCACCACAUUGGUGUCUGUGCAUGUCUGUGGCCCGAGUAACCCGGGUGAGGCCGGGUUGCCGUGCUGUGUCUUGAAACCAGGUUGCCCGCCUUCUCAUCAGAAGGCGACAUAUGGUGCCGAAACCCUCGGGUAGCGGGAAUCUCCUGGACGAGAGACAGCGGCCAGAACGGCCAAGCCGAUUCUAGGCGGGGGAGACGUCCCCGGACCAGCGAUCCACAUGGAGGCCAUCGCGAAGGUCGUAAGUUCGAUUUAUAAGCAGUGGGGAAUUAAGUGUAAGCUCAAGGAUUUUUACCUCGCUAUUGCGAGACUCCUCGAGCUGGGGACGAUUGAACGUCCCGUGGAUAUAUUACACCCGGAGGUGUGGGGGAAAUGUACGGCCGCAUUAGCCGAGGAAACAAAAACCUCAGGCAGCGGGAAAAGCCUCAAGGCUUGGGGAAAAGUCGAGCGGGCUCUGCGCGAGGCGUUAGAGGAACAAGAAACAUGGAGCGCGGCAAGCGCAUGUUUAUUAGCUACACCCAAACUGGGGGUAGGAGCGGCAACGCAAACCGCCCCCGAUAGCGAGGUACCCGGGAGCGGGGACCCGGGGGGACCGGGCGCGUCCCCCCCCUCCCCGAGUCCGAGCCCGAGCCCAACCCCCCCCGCGGGGCUUCCCGAAAAACUCGCGGACCCCCCGUCCGUCCCUUCACCGCGAAUCGGCGACUCGGCGCCGGGGGCGCAGCAGCGCACGCAGUCCUUUUGGGAGGAAUUGGCAAGAGAAGCCAGAGACGCGGAGGGACGAGCGGCGCCGCCGCCCCCGCCCUACCCCGCCGAACAUGGCGCUGGAUGACCGAGAGGAUGGGCGGGGCGCGCAUGCUCCCUGCGGGAAGACCCCGAAUACCCGGAUUCUCGCUAGUGCGCAGCCGCGAGGAAAGGAGGAGGAGGGGGGCGGCGGAGAGCGCGUACCCAAUUGGGAGCCAUGCUCAAAGCUGCUACCAUCUAAGGGAGAGACCUCCCCCUGCGGGCGGCAGGGCAAGCCCAGGGGGCGGGAACGGCACCACCCCCGAAGGGAGGGGGAGGGACGGGGCCAGAGCUGCACGAAAAGGCACCGGGACCCGGAAACGCGCUGGCACUCGACUUCCGGCUCUGAGUCGAGCUCCACCAGUUCCGACAGCUCGGGAGAGCUGACGGACGCUGACGGGGACUCAGAAACGGAAAAAGCGGAGCUGACACGGUUUGAAACAAAACCGAAUGAAGCCUUAAGCCACAUCGAAAGGCAAUCACAACGCGAACCAGCCCAGUUUACCGACUGGGCUAGAAUAAAGAUAGCUUGUGCAAAGUGGGCUCCCUCAGGGACAGUAAAAGCCUUCCCGGUGAGGAUCACCGGACCAGAGGGAAAUCAGCAAAGGAUAUAUAAUCUGGUAAACCCCAAAGGGCAACCAUGCGCAGUGCUAAACAUCAAGGACUGCUUCCUUUCAAUACAGCCACAACCCAGGGGACUAACGAGAAUUGCGAGUUUCUCUUUACAGGACAUGCUCGUGGGUCAUCCCCGUAACGCGUACAUCCCGGCUCCAGAGAAAAGCGACGAACCACCAAAACGCCAGACAGCACCCAAGAAUCCUACACCGGUGAGACCCAGACAGCAAUGGUGGUUUUGUGCGAUCUUGCUAUUAGGGCUCAUCACCGAGGGGCGAGCCAACCCAGACUAUCACCCCCAUCAGCCAUUCAGGUGGGUCAUGCAGCAUCUUUCAAGUGACAAGGUGUUCAAAGAAAUCACCACGGCAGGCACCCCAUCCUUCGUGUUCCAUAUCACCGACCUGUUUCCAGGACGACCAAAACUACGACCCCAUCACCCGCACAUCAUGUACAUGUACCUGUCCUACUGGUGUCCAGCCUCCAACCCUGGGAAAAAGUACUGUAACUACCCGGGGUGGGGAUAUUGCGGGCACUGGGGCUGUGAAACCAUUGUCACAGAUGCCAGACCAUCGGGAGAAGGGUGGGAACCACAAGAGCCCGAUAGAUUCUUGCAGUUCACCUGGGCACCUACCGGCUGUAAAAAGCCCGCCUUCAAGGGAGGGGUCUAUGACAACUAUCAUACACAACCCGAACAUCAGAAGUGCACAGACUAUAACAUGACGGUCCUACAGCCAGAACACCCUAGUUGGGCCACAGGCAGAACAUGGACGGUAGUCCUCAAGGCGCCAAAAGAGUGGGUGAACGUGCGAAUUAUCAGGCUCCAACCACCGGCACCCCGACCGGUAGGACCCAAUAUGGUUAUUAAGGACGUGCUAAAAGGGGAAAACGUUACCCAUCCCAAACCACUACCCACAAAGGCCACCGAUAUCCCGACCGGCCAUACAGAUGCCUUCCAAAUAGGCCACUUAGCCGAGUCGGACUCAGAACCAAUCUUCCGCAUGCUAGAGGCUACCUUUCUAUCCUUGAACGAAUCCAACCCAAACCUAACCAAUUCUUGCUGGCUUUGUUACGAUGUUAAACCUCCUUUCUACGAAGGAGUCGCUCUAGACACCCCCUUCAGUUACUCCACAGCCGAAGCCCCUCACCAGUGCAGAUGGGACACCCCCCGUAGGGGAAUCACCCUGAGUCAAGUCACAGGCCGGGGCAAAUGCUUUGGCAAUGCAGCCUUGGCAAAGCAGAAAGGCAACCUCUGCACCGAAGUCGUCAAGCCCAACAGAAAGAUCAACAAGUGGGCGGUCCCAUCCGCAUCUGGGAUGUGGGUUUGUCAGAAAUCUGGGGUAAGUCCUUGCGUGUUCCUUGCCAAAUUCAAUGACGCUACCGAUUUCUGUGUCCAAGUUCUAAUUGUUCCUAGGGUCCUGUACCACUCAGACGAGGAGGUAUACCACAUCUUCGAGGAGCCCGGCCGACUCCACAAAAGAGAAAUAAUAACGGGAGUGACUAUCACAAUGCUGCUCGGCCUGGGAGCAGCUGGCACAGCCACAGGUGUCUUGGCCCUCGCGACCCGACACCAAGGGCUUGCUCAGCUGCAAAUGACCAUCGACGAGGACCUGCAGAGGAUCGAGAAAUCCAUCUCCUUUCUAGAGAAAUCAGUUUCCUCGCUUUCGGAAGUGGUCUUACAGAACAGGCGGGGACUGGACCUCUUGUUCAUGCAGCAAGGAGGUCUGUGUGCCGCCUUGAAGGAGGAAUGCUGUUUCUACGCGGACCACACAGGAGUCGUUAAAGACUCCAUGGCAGAACUCCGAGAUAGACUGGCUUAAAGAAAGAAAGACAGGGAAACCCAACGAGCUGGUUCGAGUCCUGGUUCAAUCCAUCACCAUGGCUCACCACUCUAAUUUCCACCCUAGUAGGCCCGCUAGUGAUACUGCUUUUAACCUUCACAUUCGGACCUUGCCUACUAAACAGGUUGGUCUCAUUUGUUCAAGUUCGCCUAGAACGGGCCAACAUCCUGUUCAUAGGCCGGCAACAAAUGCUGUGAACCAAAAACCGAGGACACUGCCAGUCGCAGAGGUUCUCUAAACUUCCCUUGCGAAGAUUACUCAGGUUUACCAAAAAAAAAACCCUUUUCCCUUAACACAUUACAACUUUAUACCUCACCUUAGUGCCUAUGUUUAUAACUACCUCAUUCAUUAGUAAAAAAGGGGGGGGGAGAUGUGGUAGAUAGGGACAGGCGAACGGAAGAUCUCGGGAUGUGACGGAAAGCUAGACCCUUCCCCCCUUCUUCCUGCUAUAGUUAAUCAAUUACCCCUAAAGCAUGCAGCCCUUCCUAAACUCAGUAGUUUUCCACUCCUUACUAACCCUAGCCAGACCCACCAUCCCCUUCUGAUGUAGUGAAGCCCCCUUGACUAUUUAACCCCAUGAGAUAAGAUAAUAAACGCCAUUUGACCAUCCA